AUGAAAAACAAAUCAGAUCAAACAGAAAAAGUAACAGCAACAGGAGUGCCUAGUACAGCACUCGCAGUUAGCAUCGUGGCCUCUGUUUCCAAGCUGGCCUGCAUUUACUCUGCCCUCAUCCUGCACGAUGAUGAGGUGACCAUCACGGCCCUGGCCAAUGUCAACACUGGGAGCCUCGUUUGCAAGGUAGGGGCUGGUGGGCCUGCUCCAGCAGGGUGCGGCACCAGCAGGAGGUCCUGUCCCUCCACCACCACUGCCCCAGCUGAGAAGAAAGUGGAAGCAAAGAAAGAAGAAUCAGAGGAGUCUGAUGAUGACAUGGGCUUUGGUCUUUUUGGCCAUAUUCCUGUAACAUGUUCAAUAAAAAACUAA